ACACAGCUCUGUCUUCUUUUUGAAUGCAUUUAUCGCUGCAGUCAUGCUGACCUGUGAGAUCUGCGGUGAGGAGAUCCUGUUGGAAGAAGACAUGAAGACUCAUCUCCUUAUCAGUCACCUGGAGAAUGACAUGCAUUGCCCGCUGUGUUCCCUGUCUGGAGUGUCCUACAAUGAACUCUGCUUCCACAUCAGCUCUGCACACUCAGAACACACGGCCAGCUCAGACUGUUCUGCUGGAACAAACACUGGUGGAACUAAGCGUGGUAUGCCUCAAACAUCUCAGUCCUGCUCCAUUGGCUGUAGCUCUGCUGCAGCUGGUGAAGCAACAACCUCUGGAGCCUCUAGUGUCAGCAAAGACUCAGUGCAACCUGAACACAAUCAUGGUUUAAUGCUCACACCAGAUAGAAGAGCUCUAACACAUGUGGAGACUGUAUCAACUACUUCAACAACACUAAGCUCUAAAACAAAGCCAGAGUGUGUCAGGAGCUGGAGUGACGCUGCUGCUGGAACUAUAUCUGAGCACAACAAAGCCAAACAGAAGAGGCUGUCCUCUCCAGAAAAAGAGAAGCUCUUCUCCUGCCCCAUGUGUGCACUGGUCUGUAGCAGCUGCUUCAUCCUGCAGGAGCAUGUUGAGCUGCAUCUGCAGGAGCAAUGCUCAGCUGAAGGAGAGAAGAGAUUUGAGUGCCCUAUGUGCUCUUUCAACUGCAGCAGCAGCUUCUCUCUGCAGGAACAUGUGGAACUACAUUUAGAUGCUGGAGCAGCAGUGAGUCCUGGCUCAGACCUGAAGCUGGCCAGAAAGCUUCAGCAGGAGGAGGAGCAGAGGAGGAGGGAGGAGGAGUCUCAGCAGGAGAGAGAGGAGUUUAAGAAGCUGCAGAGGCAAUUUGGUCUGGAUGGCAGUGGGGGCUACCGCAGGCAGAUGGAGAGGACCAUGGAGAGGGAUGUUGCUAGGGGUCGCAUGGCCCCCGCAGAGUUUCACUGUAAGAGGGCUGAAAUGAUGGAGUCUUUAGCCUCUGGGGUUGAUGAUUACAGGAGCAGAACUCAGGGUUUGGUGAGAGCUUUGUAUGAAUACUACCAGACUGAAUGCAGAGACUGUGUGCACGUGUGGUUGAGCACUGACACCGACCACUUCAGCUCCUCAGCGGGGGACAAAGGCUGGGGCUGUGGAUACAGAAACCUCCAGAUGCUGCUGUCCUCUCUACACACAAUAGAAACAUAUGAUCCCUUCCUACAAGAGAAAGAGAUACCUAGUAUCCCGCAGGUGCAAUGUAUGAUUGAGGAGGCAUGGAAAAGAGGCCUGGAUCCACAAGGUGCAUCCCACUUCAACCAGAAGCUGCAGGGAACACGGGCCUGGAUUGGAGCCACAGAGAUCUACUCUCUUUUCACUUCUCUGGGAAUCAGUGCCCGUAUUAUUGACUUCCACAAGCCGACAGGCACGGGAGACACCCACCCCCGACUGUUUGACUGGGUGAAGGAGUACUUCUGUCAGUCCAGCAGGAGCAGCAGACUGCCCCCCAGACUCAUCCAGACCUCUCUGCCUCCACUUUACCUGCAGCACCAAGGUCACAGCCGUACUGUUGUGGGUUUGGAGCAGAAGAAGAAUGGGAGCCUGUGCCUCCUGCUUUUUGACCCUGGUUCCUCACCAUCAGACACCAGGAAGCUACUGAGCAGAGACAACAUCUCCAGAGCCAUCCGCCACAUCAGGAAGUUCCCCAGCAGCCUGAAGCAGAAACAGUUCCAGGUGGUGGCAGUGCAGGGCGUGUUGUCCACUGAAGAGAAACAGAUUAGGAUCUUGAACUCCAGGACAUUACGUGCUGAAAGGAUCCCAUGAACACACAAUGACACUCUUCAGGAGC